AUGAAAAGCCUCUGCCUUGGGCCGUUCCUUGCUGCCAGUGCCCCAGUUAGUUCAAGAGCCUUCGGAAGCCAUUUAACCAGAAAGUGCUUUCAUAAGCCAGUUCAUUUCCACUCCCGUUCUGUUGUUUUCUCUUCAAUCUCAUGUUCUGCAACUCUAUCAGUGUCGCCAGAAAUAGAAGAGAAGCAUAUAUUUGAUGGAGAGAAGGCUAAUUUGCUUGUCAGAGAGCUUAGAAAGAGCUUUGAUUCAGGAAGGACAAAGAGCUAUGAUUGGAGGGUUUCCCAGUUGGAGGCCAUAAUUAAGAUGUUAGAAGAGAGAGAGAAGGAUAUUAUUGAAGCUCUAUAUAAAGACCUGGCCAAACCUCAAUUUGAAGCAUUUAUAUCUGAGGUUUCCCAGGCAAAAUCCUCAUGUAGUGAAGCACUCAAAGAACUGAAACACUGGAUGAAGCCUGAGAAGGUGAGUACUUCAAUCACGACAUUUCCAUCGUCAGCAGAGAUUGUGCCAGAACCGCUGGGGGUUGUGUUGGUUAUCUCAACAUGGAACUUUCCUUUCUUGUUAUCAAUGGAUCCAGUCAUUGGAGCCAUAUCUGCGGGUAACACAGUGGUCCUAAAACCAUCAGAAAUUGCUCCAGCAACAUCAUCACUGCUUGCAACUUUGACCGAACAAUACUUGGACAACUCUGCCAUAAGAGUUGUUGAAGGGGCUGUCCCUGAAACAACUGCACUCCUGGAGCAGAAGUGGGAUAAGAUACUUUAUACGGGUAGUGCUAGAGUUGGUCGGAUUGUAUUGGCUGCAGCUGCAAAGCAUCUUACACCAGUGAUUCUGGAACUUGGAGGAAAGUGUCCUGCCGUUGUUGAAUCAGAUGUCAACUUACAAGUUACUGCUAGGAGGAUAAUAGCUGGCAAAUGGGCAUGUAAUAGCGGACAAGCAUGCAUUUCUAUUGAUUAUAUCAUCACAAGAAAAGAGUUUGCUCCAAAGCUGAUAAGUGCCUUAAAAGAAGAAUUGGAACAAUUUUUUGGGAAAGAUCCGUUGGAAUCAAAAGACAUGUCACGGAUUGUGUCUCUUAACCAGUUUGCACGGCUUGUGAAACUCUUGGAUGAGGAUAAGGUAUCUGACAAAAUCGUUUUAGGAGGUCAGAGGGAUGAGAAGAAAUUAAGAAUUUCACCAACUAUCAUAUUGGAUGUUCCUGAAGAUGCUUUGGUAAUGCAAGAUGAGAUAUUUGGGCCAAUAUUGCCAAUCAUCACAGUAGACAACAUAGAAGAUUGUUACAGUAUAAUAAAAUCAAGGCCAAAACCUCUUGCUGCAUAUCUCUUCACAAACAAUGAGCAGCUGAAGAAGGAUUACGUGGAUAAGAUAUCUUCAGGAGGGAUGCUCAUCAAUGACGCUGUCAUUCAUGUUGCAACAAAUGGUUUGCCUUUUGGAGGAGUUGAAGAGAGUGGAAUGGGUUGUUACCAUGGAAAAUUCUCUUUUGAUAGUUUCAGCCAUAGGAAGUCAGUUCUCUAUAGAAGUUUUGAUGCAGAUUCAUCCAUAAGGUACCCCCCAUAUACACCUCAGAAGGGAAAAUUAUUGAAGGCCCUUAUCAGUGGCAAUAUUGUUCAAACAAUUCUUGCUCUUCUUGGAUGGUCUUAA